UGGGCCCGGAGGGCCAGCAGGCCUGUGACUGGGAGCCACUCUGCUCAGUUAUGGCUGAGGCCCCUCCGGCGUGGCCCUGGGGCAGUCCUGACCCUGCAGACUCCCCCACUGUGGACCAGGGUGGAUGAGGUAGACCCACCAGGCUCUUGGGAGAAGUGACCGAGAUGAGAUGACGCUUGUGAUGCAAGGACCCUGCUUCCUCACCAGGGGGAUCUCCGAGGCUCCCAGACUGCUGGCCUGGAGGUCCUGAGCAGCCUGCGGCCUGUCCCCAAGGAUGGACCCCGGAGACCCUGCCUGUGACCCUGCUAGUGACCCUGCCACCAGAGACCCCACUGGUGACCCCACUGCUCAGUCCAUCCCCACAGGCCAGGACCCUCUCCUGUUCCUGCAGUCCCUGCAGAUGCUGUGGUCCACGCGGGAGCUGCGGCAGCUCCGGGAGGAAGCCUGGAGGGGAUUCGCUGCUCUGGAUGACCCGCUUACCAGCCUCCUGGACAUGCUGGAUGGCAGCCAGGGUUGGCGGGGGAGGGGCCCCUCCCUGGAGGCCUGGGUGGCCUGUGAGCUGAAGCGCUGGCUGCAGACCCGGCCGCGUCCCAGGCCGGCCCAGGGAAGCCCGGGGCUGAAGCAACUGCAGGCCCGUGCGGUCAGGGUCCUCGCCGAAAGCCCCCCAAGUCUUGUGGAGCCGCUGGUCAGCAUUUUCCAGCUGCAGGAUGCAGACCGGAGCCCCCUGCUGGCACACAUCCACCGGCUCCACCAGGAGGGCAGGUUCAAAGAAGCUGUGGUGCUAGGCACGAAGCUGCAGCUGCAGCCAGACCUCGACUUUGAGACGAUGAGCACCCCCCUGCUCCUCCAGGACAAGGUGCACCUUGUGGAGCGCUACGUGGACAGCCUCCCGGACCUCCAGCAGAGACUGCUGGCCCUCCUGGACUCCUGGUGCCAGCCUGGCUUUGACAUCAGAGUCGUCGCCAGACGGUACCCGCAGGUGACCUCUGUGAGGCUGGAGAGGCUGAGUCCCAGAGAGCUGAGUCGGCAGGUCCUGCACCUGCUGGAGCGCUACGGCCUGGACCCUGCUCUGUGUCCCAACGUGAUCACCCAGCAGCACCUGGCAGCCCUGCGGUACCUGUGCCACAAGCGGCUGGUGGAGAGAAGCCUGUCUCAGGAGAGCUGGGCCGAGCACGUGCAGGGCCUGGUGGGGCAGAACCAGUGGCUGCAGGAGCAGUUGCUGCAACUGCUGACUGCUCAUAACGACGCGGCCGUGGUGGCCCGGUGUGUCCUGGACCUCUCACUCCCCACAGAGCAGCUUCCGGCCACGGUGGCAACAGAGCUUAACCGGCUCAGGCUCCAGGAGGGGACCACCGAGGCGCCUUUUGAGGACAGGGAGGAUGACCACUACCAGCUGCCUAUCGCCAGGGAGGACAUCCACUUCCUGGCCUCAUGGGAGGCCCUGUCCAGGCACCAGGAGGAGCUCCUGCAGCCCGGCCAGGUGGUCGGCAUGGACCUGGAGUGGAGGCCCUCGUUCUGUGCGGGGGGCCGGCCCCGGGCGUCUCUCAUGCAGGUGGCCGUGGAGGGCCGCGUGUUCCUGCUGGACCUGCCCGAGCUCUUGAGUCCGGCAGGAGGGCCGGCGCCCCGGGCCUUCUCCCGGCUGGUGUCUCAGCUGCUCUCAGAACCUUCUGUCACGAAGCUGGGUUAUGGGAUGGCGGGGGACCUGCGGAGCCUAGGAGCUUCCUACCCCGCCCUGGCCCACGCAGAGAAACAGCUGCGCGGCAGCCUGGACCUGCUGCAGGUGCACAAGCAGAUGCGUGUGGUGGACAUGCCAGCCCCAGGUGUGGACGGAGCCCGGGGGCCGCGGGGCCUCAGCCUCCUGGUGCAGCAGGUGCUGGGCAAGCCCCUGGACAAGACUCAGCAGCUCUCCAACUGGGACCGGCGGCCACUGGGUGAGGGGCAGCUGGUCUAUGCAGCCACUGACGCCUACUGCCUGCUGGAGGUGUACUGGGCACUAUGCAGAGAGCCCGCCCGCUUCCACCUGUCGGGGGACCUGGCCAGGAGCCUAAGGCUGGGACGCAGCGACAGAUCAAGGAUGCAGGAGCCGCCCCGCCUGCAGAAGGCCUUGGCUUCGCCCCGGCAGGUGCCGGCGGAGGGGGUUGCCAUCCCCGAGGUCCGGGCCAGGGCCUUCCGCGUGGUGUGUGACAGCAUGCUGCAGGGCCUGGCGCGCAGCCUCCGCUGUCUGGGCGUCGACGUGCUGGUGCUGGGUGCCGGCGAGGACCACCGCAGGGCAGCCGAGGUUGCCAGGCAGGAGGGAAGGGUCAUCCUGACGUCGGGGCUGCCAUACCAAAAGCUUCGGGCCCAGGUCGGGGCUGGGCGCUGCCUCUCGGUGGACUGCUCCCUCAGGGCCCGGCAGCAGGCGAAGGCCGUGCUCAGGCAUUUCAAUGUGCGUGUCACCCCUGCGGACAUCUUCAGCCGCUGCCAGGCCUGUAACUGUGACCAGUACCUGAAAGUCUCCAAGGACAUGAUGAAGCAGCUUGUGUGGCUUGGCAGCCACCCAGAAGGCCCCAGCAGUACAGGCGACAAGACCACCCAAAAUGAGGAUGAACGGGAGACAGGUGAGCCCUGGGACCACCCACCAAGGACACACGGGGCCCUGGCACCUGGCCCAAUGCAAGAUGGGACGGAGGGGACCACGCUGAAGGGCUCAGCCCCAGAGGAGGCCCCCGGGUGCGGCACCUACGACCCGCCGUGCCGCUGGCUGGAGGAGGCGGACCUGCGGAGCCGCGCCCCAGCCACGCUGGGCAACGGCACGCGGCUGCAGUUGGCAGGGGUGCCGGCGGGCGUGCUGCAGCGGCGGGCGCUGCGGCACUUCUACUGCUGCACCGGCUGCGGCAAAGUCUUCUGGGAGGGCUCCCACCUGGGCCGAGUCGCCGCGCACUUCCAAGAGGUCCUGGAAGGUGCCCCCGGCUCCCGCGAGCCAGGCCAAGCUCCCGGCCCAGCUGGCAGCUCCGACUGAGGGCUGAGGACUGGACCCCAGGACCCAGGGCCGGCACCACCCUGGGCCGCGGCAACAAUAAAAGCGGAACAGCUGCGCAGGCUGUAGCUGUGGCCGUCCUCCGUCCACCGCUCACUGCACACACCUGAGCACUGUCAGUCCCUCACAGCUGUCCGCGACCACAACGUUCUGAGGUCAGGACGCUCGGACCCUGAGCCAGGAACUGCCUGGUGCUCGGCCAUGAGGCAGCCGAGAGGUGGGAAGGGCGUGCCUGCAGGAGGAAACGGCCUGGACAGAGGCCCGAGGGCUGGCCUGAGGUGUCUCCCCAAGUCUGCUGGAGCUCAGCGGGCCGGUAGGGUGGGGUAGGGGUGGACAGGCCCCCUCAGGCUGGGUGGUCCACCCACUUUUCUGUGGCGGUGCGUGCUGCCCUUCUCCACCACACCACACCCCCCAGCCUUCUAAAGACACGGGCCAGACCUCCAGGCCAGGAAGGACGGCAGGUCCUGGGGCCCCAGCCAGGCUGGCCCUGGGGGCCUCCUGGGACUCCAACUGCAGGGAGCGCGGAUGGCGGAUUCUGGGGCCCUUCCUGAGGAACAGGCCCCAGCCUGGCUGGGUGCAGGAGGAGGACAGUCUGAGGGGAGGCCUGCAACCCCUAGUCCGCUGCCCUGGCCCCUUUGCUGGCCAGGGCGUGACCAAUCUUCCCCUUGCCCCCGAGCCAGGGCUGCGUGGUCUCCUCUUGUGACAGAAACCAGCGAUCACAGCCAUGUGGGAGAGCCUUGGACACUUGUGCACCGCAUCUCCCACCCAGGGGGAGACCCAGGCUCAAACCCACUGCUGACUUGCAGAGGGCCCACGGGCUGGCGCCAGGUGGAGCGCGGGGCAGGUGCCCAGAGGGGGGCUCCUGCCAGCAGGGGACCUGAGCCCAGACCACGUCUUGCCCUCACUGGCCUCCUCCUGGCUCUCCCCCAGGAGUGCGCACCCACCCUGGCUCACAUCCCUUUCCUGUUCCCGCCUGGAGCGGAAACCAGCUCAGAUUCUGCCGAGGAACCAGGCGGAAGCCAUGGGGUGGCGGGGGCCUAGGGGCCAGUGGCUGGGCGGGGGUGCCACCUCUCCCCAGGGCGGGGUGUAUCGGCUGGCCCAGGGGAGACAGGCAGUGCCGUGCCAGCCUCUGCCCCAUCCCUGUGUUCCUGACCCCACCAAGGAUGACACCAUUGCCUCUGAGCCCCCCAGGGGUGCCGCCCCAGUGAGGGGUCAGGCCUGAAGAGCAUGCGGGUGGGCUCCUGUCCUUCAGGGCCCCUGCUGUGUGCCAGGUGUGGACUCACUCAGCUCCCAGCAGCCCCAGAGCCAGCUGGACCAGGGCGUCGCUCCACAGAUGGAGAGAGGAGGCGCGGAGGCGCGGAGGGCCAGCUCAGGGGAGAAGGCACGGGGGAGGGGCCAGCUCUGCCACCCUGGCCUUCCGCCACCCUGAGGUCACUGCUGAGCCCAAGGGGCAGGCAAGGGUGCUAAGGUGAGUGGGAAAGCCAGAUCCCAGCCGACGGAGCGGGGAUCCUUUUGCGGCUGGGGUGCUGCCUCCAGGAGCAGGACCUCCGGCCCCACAUCCUGUCCUGGGGAGGCAGCCCGACCACACUCCUUUCACCGUAAGUUUAAGAGGAAGGGGCUGGCAGUGCCAGCCCCAGCUGCAGCCUUGAGACUGCUCUGACCCGAGGCCCCUGGGCUGUGGCUGGCCUUCGACAGACAGACAGGCCAGGACCACAGGCUCAGGGAGACGUGGGACGGGACUGUGUGUCCUUCUGGUCCCUCCAGGCAGGUCUGGCCCCAGCCCUGCUCUGCUCUUCAGCCCUGCGUGACCCUCUAGAGAGAGGAGGACAGCUGACUGGGACCCGCUCUAGGUGUGGUCCUUACGCCACGGCUAUACCGUCCAGCCUGCCUUCCCGCCUCCCCACCCCUCUGCUGCCCAGACUGGCUGUGUCCCUCCAGGGCUCACAGGCUCACUGCCAGCCCACCCUGUCUCUGUGGCACCGCACCCCUGGCCCCAGCCCCCACCCUGGGUCCUGAGCUACGGGGAAGCGCCUUCUCGCCCCAUGCCUGCCUUAGGCCCCUUCCUGGGCUAGGGGUCAGACACGAGGCCGACAGGGAGGGCUGUGGCCCCGGUGCCAGGCCGUGCCCUGAGCAGCCAGCCGGGCAGGCAGGAGCCGCCACAGCGAUUGUCUGCUGCAGUUCCUGCCGGGCGUCCUUCCUUGCUCAGGCCGCCGCUGGCCCGGGGCUGAGUGUUUGUUAUUUGAUCUCUGUCCUCUCUGGGCCCUUCUACCAGGUGUCUGGGCUGCUGGGAAGAAACACUCUCCUCUUUCCCACGCUCCCCGACACAUUUUAAUGAAUUAGCUGGAAGCCCCGCCCCCACUGCCCGCCUGCCCGCUCACCCUCCCUCCCCUGCUGAGUGCUUUAAGGUGGCCACAGGCCUCAGCCCAGCUCCGGCCAGCCGCCCCUUCCGUGCUGUCCUUACUGACCGCGCCACCCAGACCUCCCCAGCCCAGGUCCCAGGACAUCUCCCACCGCCCACUGCUCUGAGCCUCGAACAGAAAAGCACCCCCAGGGGGAGGAGUGAGCCCUCUCCAACUCCGGACUCCAUCCCACCCUUCCAGGGCGGCACCCCUGUGCCAGCUCCCAGGUGCAGGGCAGAGGUCCAGCCUUGUGGGCAGAGUUGGGUCUGUCCUCUCAGAUCCCAGGUUGAGGCUUCUCUUUCAGAGCCAGUGAACUUCUUGCCUGUUUGUGGAGGUGACACCACCACCAAGGACUGCCACAGACACAGAAGGGCUUCUCCGAGUCCCAGGGCAGGGCCUGGCACUCAUGGGCUCCUCCCCUUCCCCGCAAGGCAUUUGGAACAAAUGUCCUCCUUUUGGACAUGUCCUUCAACAAAUAUUUAGGAAGUGCUUGCUGGGAGCCAGUGCCCCACAGGCCCCUCUCCCUGUCUUGUCCUUGAUGGGGCAGCUCCAGGGACAUGGGGUGUGGACCAGAGUCACCCUGAGCAAAUCACCCUCAGGCCGUGGUGGGUCUCCCACUGGUUCCCCAUAGAGUGUGGCCAUCACCCCAGCCCCACAGAUCAGCAGUGGGGGUGGGGGGCUCAAGUGGCAGGCUGGGCUACACCUGUCUGACCCACACUCUGAACCCUGGGUAGGGCGGGCAGCAACCUCAGGCUAGGCUCCAUGGCCAUUUUGGCCACACUGUCCCUGGCGGAGGCACUGAGCUGGGACUUCAUGCCCGAGGUGGCAGCCUCACGUUCCCACACUGAGCUCACAGGGCCCCUUUGUCUGUCCUCCCUGAUGCUGGCCACGGGUGUCAAUGGGACUUUUCUCCAGGCGCUGCUCCGGGGCCCACAGGGUCUCCAGAUGCUCUCCCUCAGGCCAGGGGGCCUCGGCCCACCUGGGCCGGGGCUGGUCUGUAAACCCACCACCUUCUGGGAACGGCCCUGGGCACAGCCGGGCCUCGGCAGGCACACAGAAAACAUAGAUGUGACCAGAAGGAGCUCCCGGCCCCGGACAUGCUCUCAGAACGAGCGCCGUCCCCGCCAUGCUGUUCCAGAGCAGCGGGGGCAGCAGAGUGGCGUGUGCCCAGCGGGUCAUGGCCCUACACAGUGUCACACCUCCCCACUCUGAGGGUCCUCGUCCAGAGGUGAACAUGGGCCUGGGUGGACAGAGCCCAGGAUGCCUUGUCUCUGGUGCUGGGGAGGCAAGCCAGGGGGUGGGGAUGGUCAGGCCCCCCCCCCCCCCCAGGAUGGCCAGAGUUCAGCAGCCCCUGAUCCCAGUCCCCCUUACUAGGCCCAGGGACAUGUCCCCACGGUAUAAGCAAGGCAGAGGGGCUCCCAACAGCAGCAGACACCCAGGUCACUCCCACGGCCAGGCCCAGCACAGGGCCUGGGCUGGGGGAUUCCGUCUGCUCAGCCCCGGGCUUACCCACCUGCAUAGUGGGGAGCUCCUGGGGAAGGUCUGAGCAGAGUGGCUGGACCACCGGCCUCAGGAAGAUCAAAGCGUGGGACUCAGGCAGCCCUGGCCACCAGAAGGACCCCAGGGGAGUCAGACAGGAUCAGGUCUGAGGUCUUGCCCAGUUUUACCAAUGGUUUGGCUCUGACCCCUUCCAGGUCACGGAGCAAGGUGGUGGCACAGGCGUGGGUCUCGAGGCCUGGGGGACACGGGGCAGACACCCACAGGAGCCGGUCCUCAAACAAGGCCUGGCAGGGUGGUCUCCCCAGCUGAGGUGCAGAGCUGCCCCCCCACCCCCGGGAAUUCCCAGCUGGCCUUUGAAGGAAUUCCAGACUGGCUGCAGCUCCACUGCCCCGGGCCUCCUGCUUUGAGAGUCAUUCCUCCUUAAUUUCCAGAGACCACAUCGGGGCUAUAAACUGUAAAAUCCUAAUGAGGAAAUUUGGCGGCAGUGUUAGAGUGUCAAUAAAAAGUGCCUUGACUGUU